AUGACGUACGACAACGACGCUGAGGAAAGAGGCACGUCCGGCUCGCGCACUCCACUACUGGGGAGGUCAGCACAUCAGAGGAUAGGACAGGAGAAUGAAGGCCCUAGGUGGACCUUUACGAGUGUGCUACAAUUCUUUGGUGGUGGCAUCUAUGCUCCCGACUCCACCACGUAUGACCCCCUGGAGAUAUUGCUCAACACCGAAGACGCAGACGAGAAGGACGAACUCACCACGCUAUGGCGAGACAACAAGCUCAGUGAGCUCAACUUCGUUGGUGUUGUGGCCGCCCUUUUAGCUGGCGUUCUCACAUCCACCGGAAGCUGGCCGAACAUCUUGCCAAAUGGGAAAGAAUCGCCAUGGUCUGUGCGCACAUCAUGGUACUGCGGUAUCAUAUUGUCGCUUUUCAGCAUCCUUACAGCUGCUGAUCAGACCGUACGACUGCACCGCCUUUCAUCACAUCGCGAUGGAUUGGCCAAUAUUCGAAAGCUGAUUGCCAAGACGAACGGCGAGAAGAGCCACUCAUCCAAGACUGGACGUCGGACACCUAGCUUGCUCCAAAUCGUCACAUGGCAAAUGCCAGUGAUGUUUUUGACCUCCGCUACUGUCUGCAUGGUCGUUGGAAUGUUCCUGCACGUCUGGUCUGCGACCACACACCUGCACCAUCCAACACUGUGGGACGAUAAUACCAAGGUUGCCGUCACGUUUAGUACUGUCGCUAUCCUCGCAAUGACGCUGUUCUUCGUCGGUCAGAUUUCGCUUUACUCUCCAAUUCGACAAUGA